CUCGGGAACAAGUUCGACUUCUCCACUCCUACUGCAACAAUGGUGUACUCCUUCUUGUUCAAGACCACGGCCUUGGUGUCAGCCUUGUUGGCGUCUCUUGGCGUAUCCAACGCUGAGUUGGAGACGGUGAAACUCACGCACCCGACUGGGUCCAGCGCUGAGGUUUUCCUAUUUGGGGCCCAUGUCAAGUCAUUCCGUAGUACGCUCGGCCCGGACCUCGACAUUCUGUUCAUGUCCAACCAAUCGCACCUGGACGGCGUCAACCCGAUUCGUGGUGGUAUUCCCGUUGUGUUCCCCAACUUCGGCAGUGCCACGGGUUUCCCCAGCCGCGGCUUCGCCCGUAUCACUAAUUGGACCCUAUCUGGUGUCGAGAUUGCCGCUGACCAGACGAAGCCCAGUGUGGCCAGGUUCGCUAUGAAGGCGAACGACGCAACCCGCAAGAUGUGGCCCGUCGACUUUGAGCUCGAGUACGAGGUUAAACUCUACUCCGCUCAGCUUGAGACUGCUCUGCACGUGCACAACACGUUUACGCAGCCGAUUGACUUCCAUGCGCUACUGCACAACUACAUUUAUUUCCACGAUGUGCGCGACAAUAGUGUGUAUAUUGCAGAGCUGAAGGGCCUCGAAUACUUUGACAAGGUCUCCAAGACGAACAAAACCGAAACUCGCGACGCCUUUGGCUUUACGGCGCAGACCGACAGCGUCUACAAGGACGUUCCAAAGAAGGUGCGUGCUGAGAUGAGAGGCGCCAACUUCGACUACACCAUCGAGGUCGAGAAGGAGGGCUCGAUCAACGCCACCCCGACCAAGACCGAUGUCGUUAUCUGGAACCCGUGGGCUGAUCGUGCCAAGACCAUGGACGACUUCAGCGACGAGGAGUACAUCAAUAUGGUGGCUAUCGAGCCUGGUCGCGUGAGCGAGAAGCAGGUGCUCCCUGCUGGCCAGACGUACACUCUUCACCAGACCAUUUCGGGUCAGCGCUUCUCUUAA